CAUUCUAGGUUUUCUAGCGCUUGCCACAGAGCAGGAAAAUUGAAGGGAACUUGAAAGAAGUGGUGUGCUUUCUUUUGGUUAGAGAGCCUGUUGUUUGACAUCGUGGGUCCGUUUUUUGGGGGACAGGAAUUGAAGAAGAAUGGCUCAGACGGUGGGAAGGAACUUAGCAGCUCCUUUGCUGUUUAUAAACUUGAUCAUGUACCUUCUUGUGGUGGGUUUUGCUAGUUGGUGUAUUAACAAGUAUAUCAAUGGCCAAAUGAACCAUCCCAGUUUAGGGGGCAAUCCUGCGACAAGUUACUUCUUGACCUUCGCCUUAUUGGCUGGUGUCCUUGGCGGGGUUUCAAAGUUUCUUGGUGGCAACCACAUCAGAGCUUGGAGGAACGACAGUCUAGCCGCUGCAGCAUCAACAUCAAUGGUGGCAUGGGCCCUUACUGCACUAGCUUUUGGGUUUGCGUGCAAGGAGAUAGACAUAGGAGGGUACAGAGGGUGGAGACUGAAGGUAGUAGAGGCAUUCAUAAUUAUUCUAACGUUCACCCAGUUGUUGUACGUUUUGUUACUUCAUGCCGGGGUGUUCAGCAGCAAGUACGGACCCGGUUACCGCGACAGUGAUUAUGGCAUGGGGCCGGCAGCCGGUACUACCGCUGACCCGACGCCUAAGGGUGGCGGGGUUGUUGGUUCUAGGGUUUAAAUCACGUGUAUAUAUACACAUGACAGUACUGCUAGUACGUAGUACUCAUGCAUGCAUAUGGUUUCUUGUGUUGAUUUCAUCCUUUUUUCCUGCAAUUUAAGUCCAGUUUGUGGCUACGUACGUCCGUACGUUUCUUCUUUGGUCGUGGCUGGGAGGAUCCGAUCGAUGUCUACUUCUAAUUAAUGUCAUGAUCUCAUGUAUGUACGAGUAAUUUCCUGCAUCAUGUGUACAUAUAGUGUGAUGACUUUGGCCUA